UCUUCCCCCGCGGAAUAUAAUGAAAUAUAAAGGCAAUGAGUUUUCACCGAAUGAUGCGGGCUUACCACAAUUGGAUGCUUAAGUAUCCAUCUGCGCUUACGUCCAUUGAACAGAUUGUGAAUAACGUGAAGGGGAAGAGGAUUGCAUUGUUUCUAGAUUAUGAUGGGACACUGUCCCCGAUUGUCGACAAUCCGGAUCAUGCCUUCAUGUCUAAUGCUAUGCGUGUUGCUGUUAGAAAUGUAGCAAAAUGCUUUCCGACAGCAAUUAUUAGUGGCAGGAGCCGUGAAAGGGUACGCAAGUUUGUAGGACUGAAAGAACUAUAUUAUGCUGGUAGUCAUGGGAUGGACAUAAUGUGUCCGGUUCAGUCUCCAGCAGCUGAUCAUACCACUGAGUUUCUAACAGAGGGUAAUCGUGGUUACGGCAUAUUGGUGACUCCUGCCCCCAAAGAAAGCAGCGCAUAUUAUUCUCUUAGAGAUCCAUCAGAGGAUCGGGCUUUGAUUACUGUUGCAACCAGUGCUACAGUGGGUAAAGAUUGGAAAAUUGAGGUUGCGGAGUUUAGACCAAUUUGCCACCUCUUAUAUAUAAGCUAG